AUGAAGCUCCCCGGGGGAAGCAGAUUGGACCAGAUUAUCUCAGCCAUCGCCUUGUCUCUAUCAGUGGUGGUCCUUGUCUGUCUGUCCAUUGCCUUUGUCGGCUGCACUUCACCAUCUGCGCCGAAAGGGCUGUACUUUAUGAAAAUCGAUCUGUCCGAGUUUCCACGAUUCGACCAUCUGGUCACCCGCGAUUCUCCCAUCCUUCCCAGUUUCCAUCCGCCAGAUAUCAGCGAAGGAGCUGGCAACAGCUUCACCGACACGGCAUCCAGCGUGUAUGCUGGCGCGGCAGAUGCAUCCGCGGCGGCCACUUCAGCUGCUCAAGGAGCGAUCCAUGCUCAACUGACAGAGUUGAAAUCACAUCUGUUCCAGUACUACUACAUUGGGCUCUGGGGCUACUGCAAGUCCCGCGAUGGCUCCAAGGCCGUGUGCUCGGAGCCUCGCACAUCCUUCGCCUUUGAUCUGUCUGCCGUGCUGGACUCUACGCCCGUCGAUGUCGACAAAGUGCUGCCAAAGGUGGAUGCAAAGGCCAUCUCGGGCUAUCGAAAGCUUUCGCAUGGCAUUAUCAGCCUUUACAUCUCUGGGUUCGUCUCCACCGUCUUGGUCGUGAUUCUUGGGGCUCAGAGGACCCUUCUGGCUCGGGGAAACAGACUCCUUGCGCUGUUUUGCAUAGUUUCGGCAUUGCUGAUCGCUCUCGCCACGGUCGGAGUCACCGUGAUGUACAGUCUUUUCACCGCGGGAAUUAAGACAAGUUUGCACCCAUUCGGGGUCCAGGCUGGCUUGGGUGGAUCAAUGCUCACGCUAAUAUGGCUAGCCACAUCCUGUUCCGUUGAAGUUGUCGAUGCUAAGCCUCUGAUAUUGCGUCUUAACUGA